UAAUUUCAAAGAGCCGCGGCGCGCCUCCCCGCUUAUACCACGCAUUUUUGGCAAACAACAAAUUAAUUAAAUGCCGUGUGACUCUUGCUCUGCGGUGUUCUCCUCCAUUUCUCGGUUUGUGGAGCGAAGAUGGUGUUGUCGAGGAGGACUAAGAAGCCGAACGAGUACGAAAGGAAGAGGCUCGAGAACUUAAAGCGAAACGCGGAGAAGCUUGCUUCUCUGAACGUCCACACUAAAGCCACCCAAUUCUUGGCUUCUUCUAAUCUUCAAAGAUCGCGACAAUUUUAUUCGGAGAAGAAGCCCAAGAUCCAGAAAAUCCCGCCGGAACGCAAGUCUCUUCGUGCUCGAGGUAUACCGCCCGAAAUUUCGGGUUCUGAAUCGCCUGGAUCGUCCGAAUCACCCGAACAGCAAACUCCAACGAACAAUCUAGACUCCUCUUUGCGGCGUUGUCUAGGUCCAAUUUCUAUGAGUGAUGUGUUUAUUGGGAUUAAGUCUAAAUCUCAUUAUACAGGGCUGGUAGAUAAAAUUUCGGGCUUUUCAAAGAACGCCCAAUCAGUUGAAGGGAAUGAUUCAUUGCCUUUGAAUUUGGAGUCUUUCCAGUUGAAACCGGAGAAUAUUGUCCGGGUUGUUCCGGGAGAUGCAACACUUAUGCGAUUUUUACCAUGUGUUGAUGCAAAAGUCAUCGUAGUGGGGAAUCGUUCUGGGCAUGUUGGGUUCUGGGAUGUCGACAAGGAAAAACGAGACGGGGUGUAUUGCUAUCAACCACAUAUAGGUUGCAUUUCGGGGAUUUCGGUUCAACCCAGUUCCUUGUCCAAGAUAUAUACGAGUUGUGAUGGGGGAUUUAUCCGAAUGAUGGAUGCUGAAAAGGAGGUUUUUAAUUUGGUUUAUUCUAGUGAUCAACCCAUAAAUUAUCUCUCUCACCAUCCAACCAAUGUGAAUUACCUAUAUUUUGGCGAGGGUCAUGGAGGAUUGAGUACUUGGGACAAUAGGGGUGGGAGAUCAGCGAUAUGGAAUCUACACACUCGCUGCAUCACUUCAAUUGAUUUUAAUUCAAAAAACCCUUACAUUAUGGCAACGAGUUCAAUUGAUGGCGAUGCCUGCAUUUGGGAUUUGAGAAGUAUGGAUGCAUGCAAACCCAAAACGGUGAAGAUCAUUAGCCAUAGAAAUGGUGUAUAUUCUGCCUGCUUCUCACCUUCAGGAAGCCAUCUUGCAAUUGCUAGUGCGGGCAAUGCCCUCUCUAUACUAGGUGGAGUUGAGUUCGAUGACUAUUCCUUGAUGUGCCAUGAUCAUAAGGCUGGGGAUAUGUUUUCUUUCAGAGCGAUAUGGGGUUGGGAUGAUUCACAUGUGUUAAUCGGAAACAGAGAAGGUGGCAUUGAUGUUAUGUCUUCUGCACUAGGACAGAAAAUUGCAACAUUAGAGAGUCCAUGUCUAUCUACAAUUUUGCACCAGUUAGAUGCACAUCCUUACCAGGCUGGGGUGCUUGCCGGAUCUGCGGGGAUAAACCAAGCGUUGAUGUGGACAUCAUGCUAGUGUUAUUUCCAUCGCUUUCAAAGCCGAACUGCUGCAUCUGAUAAAUUUUGUUGAAGCACAAAUUUUGUAUUUGGACAGGCUUUAUAGUGGUGGCUUGUGAUUAGGUUUUUCCCCAUAUGACUGACUGAAGUCCUGAAGAUGGUUCAGUAAUGUAUAUUUUUGCCAUCUAUGUCGCUGAUGGAUUGUUGACAAUUGUGUUUGAGCAUAGUGUUUACACGAGCAGAGUAGGUCUUUUUUCUA